AUGGACGACACGGGCGAGCUGACGCUGAGCAUGACGAAUGUCCUUCUGCCCCUCCCGGUAGAGAAGGAACGAGGGGUGGUGUACAGCGAGGAAGUGCUCGUGAAGAUCAACGAUACGCUAAGGACGAAGCUGCUGUACGAGUGGAACGGGUACGCGGCGCAUUACUUCCACGCCGGCGGGUGGUGGUGCCGCUGCAGUGCACAGGUCUGGAACGAGGUCUCCGACUUUGAGUACGUCGGUAAGGCGUUUGUGGCAAUCUGCGGAGAGAUCAAGGAGACGAUACUGGAAGGGAAAGCAUGA